UCCGUUUCCAUAGUUUUCCGUUACGAUUUUUCAUUCAUUCAUUCAUGAUGCCAUUCUCUUUCUCUCUCCACACUAUGCCCGCCGUCUUCAUUCCUUACACCCUUCAUAACACCUGAUUUCCUAGAUCGAUCGAAGAAGAAGAAGAAGGAGGAAGUUAAUCAAUCAAUCAAUCAUUCGAUACAGAAACAGGAAAUGAUGGCUAAUGAAACUGGAAGAGAAUUCGCUCAAAUCGUAGUGGAAUCAAACGAUGAAACGGAGAUGAUCGAUUCGAUUUCAUCAAAUCGACGUAACUACUGCUUUUGUAUUCCGUGUUUCAAAUCCAACCGAUCAUCAACUACCGGAUCGAACUGGUGGCAUAGGAUUAGAGAAGCAGAGCAAGACGAACGGUGGUGGUCAAAAGGAAUCACCGCGUUUAAGAAGGUUCGUGAAUGGUCUGAGAUUGUUGCAGGUCCACGAUGGAAAACAUUCAUCCGCCGUUUCAAUCGAAACAAGAAUGGAGGCGGAGGCAAGCACGGGAAAUUCAAUUACGAUCCGCUAAGUUACUCUCUGAAUUUCGACGAAGGCACAGCAGCAACAAACGGAGAUUCAGACGAAGAAUACGGAUUCCGUAACUUCUCUUCUCGAUACGCUUCAAUUCCAAAUACGGCGAAAUCUUCAAUUGACUAUGGUAAAGAUCAGCCGACUUUCACAUGAAUUCAGAUGAGGUUAAACCCUAAACUUGUUAUUAUUAUCUUCUUUUAAUGCAACGACCGUGCGUAGCUGGGUUUGUAUGUAAAACAGAAAAUCUCUUCUUUUUGGUCAUUCUUGUUGAAUUAUGUGGCAAUUUUAUAUUUUAGUUUUAGUAAAAUUGUAUAAACAAAGAUUGUGUUUUGUUGGAUUUUUAUUGUUUCUUGUUUGAAGAUUAAAAGGAAAUUGUUUAUGGAA